UGUUAACUGUCGGUAGACCAUAUUAUCGAUUGAGAUUUAUUUAUUCAUAUUAUAACUAUUCAAAUCAAAGUUUCAUUGCAAAAAUGGCGUCGUGCAGUAAGGAACACGUUGUUUAUGAUUCGGAUACAAAAGAAGAUGUAUUUCAACCAAGAAAACGUUUACGUACUGUACCGCUCACUUAUAACGAUCAUGAAAGUAAUAAUAAUUGUAAUGGAACUAAGCAAGAUUUCUUAUGGGAAUCGAUAAAUCACAAGCCGGAAAUUCACCCUUUCUCAAGCCUCGGUGGGGCAACAAUUGAUACAAAUGGAAUGUCGAGGGGGGAAAUUUUUGAAUUAUUUCUUAACCAAGAAUUAAUAGAAAAGAUUGUAGUCGAAACAAAUAGAUAUGGUAUGCAACAUGAACAUUUCAAAGAUAUUACGGCAGAAGAAUUGAAAAUAUAUAUUGCUCUUUGCAUUCUAAUGAGUAUUGUGCUAAAGCCUGAAUUACAAAUGUAUUGGUCAAGGGAUCCAAGUAUUGAAACAGCAUAUUUUGCAAAUGUUAUGAGCCGUAAUAGAUUUAUGGAAAUAUCUAGAAAUCUUCACUUUUCAAAUAAUGAUACUGAAGAUGAAAAUGAUCCAUUAAGGAAAACAAAAGAUAUUUGUAAUAUAAUAAUUAAAACAUUUAUAAAUCUUUACAAGCCGCACAAAGAUAUUUCUAUAAAUGAAUAUUUGAUGAAGUGUAAAAGUCGAUUGCAUUAUAUACAGUUCAAUAAAUUAAAAAAAUCAAGAUUUGGCAUUAAAUUUUAUAAAUUGUGUGAUUCAAAAACUGGAUAUGUACAUAAUUUUAAAAUAUAUGUUGGGAAAAAUAAAUUUGAUUCUGAGCUAGCUAUUAAUAACAUUGUGAUAAAUUUAAUGACAGAAAGCAAGUUGCUGCGUCAGGGAUAUUGUCUUUUCAUAGACAGUUGGUACAAUUCUAUAGAUUUAUUUAAAAAGUUAUACGAUCUAAAAACAAACAUUUGUGGAAUAAUAAAAAAUUAUAGGAAAGGAAUACCCAAAGAAAUAAAACAUAUAAAACUAAAUAAAGGAGAAGCUGUAAUAUUCUCAAAUCAAAAAAUUAAUAUUAUAAAAUGGCAAGAUAAAAGGGAAAUAGUGAUACUGACAACAAUGCAUCGUUUAAAAUUUGGUGAAUCUGGAAAAAUAAAUCAAUCUGAUGGAUUCAGAAUUUUGAAACCUACUCCCAUAAUUGAUUAUAAUAAAAAUAUGAAUGGAAUUGACAUGAGUGAUCAAAUGUUAAGUAAAUUUCAUAUUAUGAGACGAAAUCAAAAAGCAUAUAAAAAAAUAUUCUUUUAUUGCAUAGAUAUGAUGCUACUAAAUAGUUAUAUUCUUUUUAAAAAUAAUACGACAGAUAGAGCUUUCCAUGUGUACAAACAAAAAUUAGCAGAAGAAAUCAUUUCAAAAUAUCUUACAAGCAGAACUAAUAUGCGAUCAUCAACACCUACUACUUCAGUUCUCAGAUACACUGGCCAACAUUUUCCUAUUCGAAUACCAUAUACAAAAGCGAAAGGAAGAAGAACAUCUAAACGCUGUAACGUAUGUUUAUCCCAAUCUAUUAGAAGAGAAACAGUUUUUCAAUGUGAUAUUUGCAGCGUACCACUAUGUAUAGACCAUUUUAAACCAUAUCAUCUUAAAUAAAAUUAUACCAUUAUAAUUUUUAAUGUAUAGUAUACCCUGUAUUUUGAAAUCUGAAACUAAAAUAAAUUAU